CCCCCAAAGGUGAGCCAAUGUAACGCAAUCAUCAUCAUCGCCAGCAGCAGCAACAGAGUUCCUCCGGUGUGCCUUCGGUGUCGGUGGUGUGCCCAGUAACAACCGAUUGCUGCUCCCGGUGUCCGUGUUCCGUUUUCCUUGCCCGGGCCCCCCAAAAACAGUGUGUUUUCGUUGCUCGUGAAAAUAGCAAACCUUCGCAACAGUGCAACAUAAAAGGCUUUCUUUCGCCCCUUGGUGCAAAAACAUAAACACAAAGCCACUAAAAAGGGGGCACAACCGCCGUAGAUACGGAGGAGGUGGCGCAGUGGUUUUACGUUGUUUGAGAAUGAAAACGUUCGCUUUCUAGCGCUUCGUUACGGCUGUUUGCUGUUUUGCAAAACGGACUAUUUCUACCAAAAGGUGGAGAAAGUGGGCAGCAAACGUAAGCCGCCUCCACACGCCGAGCAUCCGAAGCUUUCCACGCGGCGCAACUCGAUCCGGUUAGAGCGAGAAAGGAAGAUCGGUAGUUAUUCCGCGCGGAACACCACGACGACGCAGCGGUUCCGCACUUUCCGCCCCGCGCUUUAUUUUGCCCCCCCCCCCCCCGCUGCGGCCUUUCAUUAUUAUUGUUAUUAGUUCGCUUUCGCUCGGUCGUGGAGGAGGUCCGAAAAACGCUGUUGGGCCCACUGGCAAAUUCAUGCAUUUCGCAUCGCGUAACGCCUUCGUGUGGAAACUGCGGGAGUGGUGGUGGUGGUGGGAGUAGUAGCUUUUGCUGGACACGGGUUACCAGCCGUUCCGUUUCUCAUCGAUUGGUUCAGUGUGGUGGCUGCCUGUAGCCCGGGAAGGAAAGUGAACGUUGAGAGCGCAACAAGUCGUUUAAUAAUUUUGCUACAAAACAAAAAACAAAGCAUAAUAUUGAGUGAGUUUUAAACAAACAAAAAGAGUGCAUUGGUGAGAUCAUCGAGCUCGAUCAAAACUGUCAAGACUGUGUGUGCGCGCGAGAUAAACAACCCUUCUUCGUGCGCGCUCUAAACUAAGAAACAACCGCACACACACACACACACUGUCAAAGAGACCGUACAAUCCAAGUGUGCUGUGACUAAUUUGAUAAAUAAACACAGAACCACCACGCGGAGCCCUCAUUGCAACCGAACGACGGGGUGUUUGUGGUUGCUAAGAUAGCGAAAGCGCAACGGCACGAUGUCACUGCGCGCCAUACAGAAGCGAGACAGGGAGAAAUUAUCGUCCUCCCAGCGGCAGCAGCAACAGUUUAUCAGCCAGUAUGGUGUUGGUGCUGCAAUGUUGCCACCAAGCAGCGGCGUGAUGACGACGACGACGACACUGACGGCCCUGAAGAUGACAGCUGCAGCCGGUGGCGGUGACGGUGGUGGCGGCGGUACCGUUCCCUCGGUUCAAUCGAUUCUACAGCACCAGCGGGCAAAGCGCCAGAACCAGCACCAGCAACAGCAGCCAACCCACACAUCGCCGCCCGCAUUGAGACGGUCCAGCUCGUAUCCGACACUGCUGUCCAGCAAACGCGCACGGAAGCAACAGCUGCGUCCGGUUCGAUCGGAAAGUGAUUUGAGUGUUCCAGGCAGUGCCGAUCGGACUGGUGGUGCUAAUACUGGUGGCGGUGGUGAUGCUAGUGCCCUCCUGCCCGGAAGUGGGAACAGUUUCAGCACCAACAAUCUCUACCUCGGUGCCAAAUCGGAGGUGUGUUUGAAGACGCUCGCCGUGAAGAACACGGUAGUGCCAGCAGUGCUCCUCCGACCUGCCAGUAGUGGCGUGAUGCAGCAAUCGGCGCCGCCACUCGGGUCGGGCGGUAGUGUGCGGAGCGGCGGCACCGGAUCGAGCGCCGGAUCACGCCGGCUGUACGAAAGCCGCCGGACGUCGGAGCUGAGCGGCAGCGAUUUCGGUCCGAGCAAGUCCGAGAUGCACCUGAAGGUGAACAGCGGCGCCGUGCGCAUUCCGAUCGUCGGCUACGAGGUGAUGGAGGAGCGGGCCCGCUUCACGAUAUUCAAACUGCGCAUCGAAAACAGCAUUUCGCACACCUGCUGGCUGGUGCUGCGCCGGUACACCGACUUUGUCCGGCUGAACAACAAGCUGAGGCAGCUCUACCCGCACUGCGGCCUGGUGCUGCCGCGGAAGAAAUGGUUCGGCGACAACUUUAGCAGCGGCUUCAUCGACAACCGGAUACAGGGGCUGCAGACGUUCAUCGACACGAUCCUGUCGGACGAUGGGAUGCGCACGUGCCAGGCGGUGCGCGAUUUCUUCUGCCUGGACGAACCGCCCUCCUACUCGGAGAGCAUGGAGGAAUCGAGGGUUAUCUUUGAGGCGCAGGAGGAAACGAUAGCACAGCUCAAGCAGCAACUCCAAGCCAAAGAUGAUAUGGUACAGGCGCUGCAAACGAAGCUCGCCACCGAGCUGAACCGCAAUGCGAUCUUAACUGACGUUGUGCGGAACAGUGUGGAAAAUUGUGCCAAAUGUUCAAAGACUGUCGAUCAGCUGAUGAAAGAGUCUGUCUACAAGUAGUGCGAGAGAGCGAGAGUCGUUGUUUCAUCGUUUACCAUUACCAUCAUCACCCUUCAAUCACCCGUCCGCCGCGGACAUCUAUAGUUUUAGCUUGUAAGCGUUUACAGCCUGUAAGACUGCCGCACGUUCUGUGGAUAUACUCGAAAGUUCGAAACUUGUGUUGCAAUAAAACGAAAUUGGUAGUUAAAAUAAUUAAAAUAUAAUCCUCAAAAAGCAAA